UCCUGCCCUUCCACUUUGUACUUUUCUCUCCAUGGUAGUGCCCAGGGCAGUCGAUCAGAAGUGUUGCAUGGCGCUUGCCUACAAGAGGGCUCUGUAUACAAAGGGAGGCAAUAUCAAAGUUUAAUAAGCCCACCGCUGAAUUUAAAAAAGAGGAAGGUAAGAUAUGGGUGCUUCCGACCUAGUGGUGUGGGUAGCAUAUUGCAGCACACAGACAGAGCAGUAAGGUUGUUCUACGCGGAUGUUGCUGAUCUCAGUUGUGUGGAUCAGGAUGGGAGGCAUCUUUGCUCACACCACUGAGUGCGAUCAUUAACUCGGGCGGUCCCUUGGAAGAUGAUCCCUCUCACAGCCGGUCCCCCGGGCACAGAAUGGUGACAUCAGCUCAGUGAAAAGAGGAAACGGAGAAAGCAGCAUCCGAGGGGAGGGGAUCCAAGUGUUCCCUGUGAUGCUGCCGCCUCCUCCUCUCCUGCAUCCCAGUCUCUGCUCAUCUCACUGGCCUCCCCUGCCUGGUCCCUCGCAGCCCCAGGCUCCUUCUGUGCCCCUUCUUUCAUGCAUCUCCCGGGGUGCAGGGGAGGAGGGCAGCCCACAGUAUGCACUGGGGUGUUGGUCUAGUCUCCUCCAGAUCUUGUGUGGUUGAUCUGAGCCGGAAUCAGACCCUGUCUCUGUGCUGGUGCUGGGGAUCGGAGGAGAAUUACUCCUUUUAUGGGGACAUCGUCGCUUUCCCUUUGCAGGAUUACGGUGGCGUUAUGUCAGGGCUGGGAUCUGAUUCCUGGUGGAAGAAAACCCUCUACCUAACUGGGGGAGCCCUACUGGCUGCUGCUGCAUAUCUCCUUCAUGAACUACUGGCAAUCAGGAAAGAGCAAGAAGUGAAUUCUAAAGAUGCUAUUAUUCUUCAUCAGUUUUCCAGACCAAACAAUGGGGUUCCCAGUUUAUCCCCAUUUUGCCUAAAAAUUGAAACCUACUUAAGAAUGGCUGACUUACCAUAUCAGAAUUACUUUGAUGGGAAGCUGUCACCUCAGGGGAAAAUGCCUUGGAUAGAAUACAAUCACACAAGAGUGUCUGGCACCGAAUUUAUUAUUGACUUUUUGGAAGAGAAACUUGGUGUUAACUUGAACAAACAUCUCAAUCCACAUCAAAGAGCUGUAUCCAGAGCGGUCACCAAGAUGGUGGAAGAACACUUCUACUGGACUUUAGCAUAUUGUCAGUGGGUAGAAAAUCUUGAUGAGACACAAAAAAUGCUUAACAUUACUGGACCUCUUAGUGACUUACUGAAGUGGAUUCUGUGCCACCUUACCAAAGGAAUAGUCAAACGGGAAAUGUAUGGACAAGGCAUAGGGCGUUUCUCUGAAGAAGAAAUUUACCGGUUAAUGGAGAAAGACAUGCGAUCUCUUGCUGGACUUCUAGGAGAUAAAAAGUACCUCAUGGGACCAAAGUUCUCAACUUUAGAUGCCACGGUUUUCGGGCAUUUGGCACAGGCUAUGUGGACCUUACCAGGAACAAGACCUGAAAGAUUAAUUAAAGGCGAACUUAUUAACCUUGCAAUGUACUGUGAAAGAAUCAGAAGGAAAUUUUGGCCAGAAUGGCACGACGACAACGACAACACAACGUAUGAAUCAGAUGACAGUGGAGAAGACAGCAGAACGCAUACUCCAUUCCAGGACUUCAGCUACUAUUCAAGGACUGGUACUUUUGAAGACGAUGGGAUGGACAACAGCAUUUCCCAAACUCCUGACACAGAUUUCACAGGACAUUCACUCUUUGACUCAGAUGUAGACAUGGAUGAGUUUACAGAUCAUGACCAAUGCAAGUGACAUGCACCAAAUCUCUGCUCUGAGCGCAUCUGCGGAAUUAAGAGCCUCAGUGCUAAGUUCUGCACAUACUUCAUACAGGCUAGUUUAGUUAGAAUAAAUAAUACAGGUUUUGCACAUAUCGUUGGCCUAAACAAGCCUUAUGUCUGUGAGACAGGUUUAACUGUUAUGGGUGGUACAAUGGUAGCCAUUGAGUAGAGCAGGGGAACUCUGGGUUUGAUAGGUAUAGUUUUGACUGAAGUAAAAUGUGAAGAAUUCAUAACUACUAAGAACUCUCACUGUAUUACUGAGAGCAAAUUCAAUACAUUUCCUCUUGGGCACAAUUGAUCAAUUGAACACAUUAUUCACAGGGUGGCAUUUGUGCAUUUUGUCUGAUGAAGAGACAUUGCUAUUCUCAACAUCUUGCAAUUUAUUCUUAUUCUGACCUUAAUAGACUCACUUAAAAGGGAAGUUCAGAAAUGACCUUUUUGUAUGAUUUAGUCAGAGCCAUUUUAAGACAAUUCUGGGCGGUUUCUGAAUUAUUUCACUUCUUUUUCAACAGAUCCCGCCUUUUGAGAUAAAGAUGUUUUCUGCUUGUAAGGGUCCCCCUUAGCCCAGCAACAGUAUUUAGAAUGGCAGAACAGAAAUGUAAUUAUUCCAUGCACUGAAAAUUAAUCCCAGUGCAAAUUGCUUCUAAAUAUCAGUCUUUAUCAUACUAAAAGUUAUUUUUUAAUAGUAAACUGCCCCUUUAAACCCCAAGAAUUCCCUGCUAUUGGGAUUUGGAGAACAAAGGAUUGUCUCUGUUUCAGACAACACAGCAGGGGUAAUUUACAAAGGCCCUGGAUAGAAGAGCUAGAAUGUUAAGGGGCUGAUUUAUUAAUAUUUUAAUUCAAGUUUUUACCACGAUUCAAGUUUUUUUCUUGCUUAAACUCAUGAAUUUGAGUUUUUGCAUCUGGAAUGUUCCAGAUUUAUUAAGAAAUUUUGCAUCUAAACGCUGUUGGGUUCAUGCAGUUGUCCUAGCAAAAUAUUUCAAAUUUAGUUUUUUGAAUGUUGGUAGACUAAGAGGUGCAAAAUCAUGCCCCAUAGUGCUCAUUCUUUUAGCACUUUUGUCUGGGGCCUUGUUGUGCUCUCUGUCUGGCACAAAUUGUAUGGAGCAGUGCUAGUCUAAUAAGUGGGCAGCCCCUCAUGAAGACAGGACUGCCAACCAUCAGUAGUGCUGUACACAUGGGAAGAGUGCAGGUUUUUGAGCACCUACGCCCCUGGUACAAAGUGCAUGACAGGGUGCCAACAUGCAAAAAAAAAUGCAAGAUUGCACCACUGUUUUGCACUGUGCCCUUUGUAAAGAAACCUAUAAUUUUUUCAAUUUACCCAUAAAACUCUGUGUUUGAUAAUGAUAGACUCUUUUUGUAGCUUUGCCUUGAGAAUCUUCCAAAUGCCCUGCAUCCUUAAGGACAGGAGUGUAUGCAGUUGAGCAGAUAUAUAAAUGUGUGGAAGUUACUGUAGCACGGUAUAAAUCUAUAUUCACAUGAUGUACUCUACGUUUAUUAUAGAGAAGGGUAUUAUAAGUGUGAGUGAUAACCGUACUGUGGAAUAGAGAAAAUGUCAAACUUGCUGUCUUGUGUCUGAUAUAACUGGGAGUACAGUAUAUUUGUAGCAGUGGCAUUUAGUGCCAGAGAUACCUUUAUUCAAAUAUAAAUCAUGCAUAUUAGAAGUGAGUCGGUAGGAGGUAGUUGGCAGACAUUUUAACAAUUGCAAUGACUCCUCUUAAUGACUGUUUCACUUCUAUAAUAAAAGGUUGUUAUAUCUAUUUAUACUAUUUAAGAAAUCAGCUGUUUGUGUUUGAUGCUUUGACUUUCCUGAUAGAGCACAGACAUUAUAACUGUUACACUGUAAAAACUGAAAGCAACACAUGCAGAUUGCGCCGGUGUCACUUUGCAAACCACAGGGUCAUCCCAUUAUAAACAACCAUAUACUUAUUAAUGAAAGCAUGCUUUUGGCAAUAUGUUCCUUUCAGUUUCAUGUGGCCACCCAAAGGUAAUCAGUUCAAAGUAACUUCAUAAUAUUCUAAUAUUCACUAGAAAAUAGUGACAAAAUUCCAUGUACCUAUCUUCCUUUAGUGUUAGGAGAACACAAAGCCAACUCAAUGUAAGAUCUAUUUAAAGGGAUAUGGAUUUAAUAGUUCUCCACAAUAUCAAAAUGUAACUGGUAAUCCUACUGAAUGAUUUUGUAAACCUCCACUUGUUAUUUAUAUCUUACACAUUGCCCAUCUCUUAAUUGGUACAUUAAACAGUCUAUAAUUGUGAUUAAGCACCAUCUAUAUCCCAGUGCAACACUAUUCACACAGUAUACAUGGUAUAACUUAUGGCUGUGUACACAUUGCUAAAACAAAUGUACUUAGGCCAAUCUCUGUAUACCCACAACCUUACUCCUGCCCACAUAUACCCCAAUCUAACCCUCAUGUACUGCACUGAUAUUAUCAUUAUUAUGAAGGGAAGCCAGUAAAUAAUAUUGACACUUCUAGGAACGGCAGCUUAUAAUAGAAAUUGUAUCCAAUCUUAAUAUGCUUUCAGCCAGUACAGUUGACUAUGGCAGUUAUUAGUAGCUGAUUAGUUACAUUAUCAUUUACAUACAGAAAGCAGGAUAGUUAUUUUGGCAAUGUUGUCACCGCCUUUGUUGAGAAAGACAGGCUAUAUUAAGAUGUUUUUAUAGAAUAUAAAAGAUAAUAGAAGCUAUGUUAUUCUAAUUUCAAGGUUCCAGCAUUCCUUGAAAUAAAUUAUUAACUCGUAACUAUUGAAAUGAAUGCUGUGACAUUGUUCCGUGGUGUGUUCUGUGUGCUGCGCAGUGACAAAACAAAGUUACGUUUUUACAAAACACAUCUGUUAACAACGCUCCUCCUGCAGAAUCUUGUAUUGUAAUUAGCUUUUCAAAAGAGCAAACAGAUUUUUUAAUAUUAAAAUUUGAUGUGAAGUGCCCUCAGUCAUGUGGCUGUGAUAAAAGUCAGCCACUCUUUUCUGCAAGUUGGAUUGAUGUAAACCCCCCCCCACCCUUUACCACACCAGCAGCCUAUUAACAGAACAGUAGGCAGGUAACAAGAUAUCAGCUCCCUGACACCUCUCCUUAAACAUUAAGCUGCCUGGACUGAUAGCACCUCCGUGAUUUUAUGAUGCUGGCGUUGCUCUGCUUUGGGCUAUGAGCACUGCUGGUAGAGAAACUGUCCUGUAUUUUAGUGAGUGGAGAAACAGGCAAAACUACUCAUACUACCAUAUUCCAUUCACUUUAGGGUGAUGGCACAUGGGGAGAUACGUUGCCCUCUUGAAUUCUGUGCUACCUUCAGGCAACAAAUCUUUUUGCAUUGCUGUUAGUGGGAACCUCCAUCACUAAAACAUAUGAAUCAACUGUCUGCCUGUUAUGGCUUCUUAUAAUAUGAAAUGGACUGUGGCUGACUUGACAGCAAGUUAACAUGGGUAUGCCCUGGUUAGGGCAUUAUAGCUGCCCUGACCGCUGGUGGAAAAAAUACCCUGUGUGCCACAACCCUAAUGGCUAACGCUGCUGCUAGAGCUGGUUAUUAAAAUGCACAUUGUGUAUAUUUUAGGCAAAAUUAGUUAUUUAAAGUUGUUUUUGAAAUGAGAAUUCAGUUUUAAAAGGAAUCCAAUGCUAAUAAAAUGUGCCUUCAGUUACAA